AUGCCUUCUACCAUUUCUGUACUUGCUGCGGGGGUUCUCGUGCCCGUUUUGGGUGCGGUGGCUGCUAAGCUUCCUUCUACGGCUCAAAUUAUUGACCAGAAGUCCUUUAAUGUCUUGAAGGAUGUGCCGCCUCCCGCAGUGGCCAAUGACUCUCUGGUGUUCACUUGGCCUGGUGUGACUGAGGAGUCUCUUGUUGAGAAGCCUUUCCAUGUCUACGAUGAAGAGUUUUAUGACGUCAUCGGAAAGGACCCCUCUUUGACCCUCAUCGCAACAUCGGACACCGACCCAAUCUUCCAUGAGGCUGUCGUAUGGUAUCCCCCUACUGAAGAGGUCUUCUUUGUCCAGAACGCUGGCGCUCCCGCUGCUGGCACUGGCUUGAACAAGUCUUCCAUCAUUCAGAAGAUUUCCCUCAAGGAGGCCGACGAGGUCCGCAAGGGCAAGAAGGAUGAGGUCAAGGUCACGGUUGUUGACUCAAACCCUCAGGUUAUCAACCCCAAUGGUGGCACUUACUACAAGGGCAACAUCAUCUUUGCUGGUGAGGGCCAAGGUGACGAUGUUCCCUCCGCCCUGUACCUGAUGAACCCUCUCCCUCCUUACAACACCACCACCCUCCUCAACAACUACUUUGGUCGCCAGUUCAACUCCCUCAACGACGUCGGUAUCAACCCCAGGAACGGUGACUUGUACUUCACCGAUACCCUCUAUGGAUACCUCCAGGACUUCCGUCCCGUUCCUGGUCUGCGAAACCAAGUCUAUCGUUACAACUUUGACACCGGCGCCGUCACUGUCGUCGCUGAUGACUUUACCCUUCCUAACGGUAUUGGCUUUGGCCCCGACGGCAAGAAGGUCUAUGUCACCGACACUGGCAUCGCUCUCGGCUUUUACGGCCGCAACCUCUCUUCACCCGCCUCUGUUUACUCCUUCGAUGUGAACCAGGACGGUACUCUCCAGAACCGCAAGACCUUUGCUUACGUCGCGUCUUUCAUCCCCGAUGGUGUUCAUACCGAUUCCAAGGGCCGUGUUUAUGCCGGUUGCGGCGAUGGUGUCCAUGUCUGGAACCCCUCUGGCAAGCUCAUUGGCAAGAUCUACACCGGAACUGUUGCUGCGAACUUCCAGUUUGCCGGUAAGGGAAGGAUGAUCAUUACUGGACAGACCAAGUUAUUCUAUGUUACUUUAGGGGCUUCGGGUCCCAAGCUCUAUGAUUAG